GGGUAUUAAUCCCAAACCGCUUGCGUAGGACCUAUGACUUCAUUGUGGAUAAAAUUUCGACUUUCUUCGGAAUAAAUAAUCCGAUAAAGAUUUGCACUGAUUUCGAACGUCGUCUGCAUGGAAGCCUCACAGCUUCUUUUCCGGAGACAACUGUCCAAACGACCUAUCAUUCUUACUGUUGGGCUUUAUUAAUGGAAGCUGAAAUGCGGGGACUUUUGCCAUUCAAUAUCGACGUAAAAAUUAUCUUCAAAAAAUUAGUUGCCUUGAGCUGUUUGCCGGCAGAAGAUAUUCCGGCUAUGUUUUUUGAAAUAAAAAAUUCAGCAUCACCAGCAGUUCAAGCUACUUUGAGGGAAUUUUUCGAUUAUUUUGAAAAUUCUUGGAUUAAUGGUGUAACUCCGAGAUUAUUUAGUUUUUACGAGAAGUUGGAGGUGAUGACAGACUGUGGAGUAACUGGUCAAGUUUCAUUGUGCCAAUCUCUAAGUAUUGAUGGUAAUAUCUGGGCAUUUACCCAGCAAAUCCUUAAAAUCUCCAAUCAAUCGACAAAAGACUUCGAAAAAAUACAACGGCAGCAAAGAAUAAAUGUAACACCGCGAGUGCGGCCUGUAAUUAAGCGGGAUAAAAUGGAGCGUGCUUGGAAGAUGUUCGCAACACGGAAGAUUACUCUUUCCCGACUAUUUCAGCUGGCGACUAUUUUAGUCAGUGAACACGUUGAGAUGCUACUGUACCGCAAUGACUUCACGUUUGUUGAUUGUGAGCUACUUUCUCCUAACGAGAUGGCAAAUGACGCCGAAUUUGAAGGUAUUUCCUAA